UCAAGCCGUGGCAACGCGUCCACAUUGAUUUCGCUGGCCCAAUCGACGGUUAUUACUAUUUCGUCAUCGUGGAUGCCUACUCGAAGUGGCCCGAAAUUUUUCGCACCCGUUCCAUCACCACAACUGCAACCCUGGAUCUGCUUCGUGAGACGUUUUCCCGUUUCGGCAACCCGAACACUCUGGUCUCGGACAACGGCACGCAAUUCACCAGCGUGCAGUUUCAGCAGUACUGCCGUGAAAAUGGUAUCACCCAUCUCCGCACUGCUCCCUACCAUCCGCAGUCCAACGGUCAAGCGGAACGAUUCGUUGACUCCCUCAAGCGCGGUCUCAAGAAGCUGAGCAAGGGGGAAGGCUCACCCACACUGGAGCACCUGCAGACAUUCCUCUCGGUGUAUCGCUCAACUCCAAAUCGAAACACACCGCAAUCGACGUCUCCUGCAGAAGCGUUCCUCGGAAGACCAGUACGCGCCACUUUGGACCUCUUGAAGAAGCCUGCUCCUGAAGCCGCAGGUGCCAAGAACCUCAAGCAGAAUGAGCAGUUCAAUCGCCGGCAUGGAGCAAUCAAGCGCGACUUCGAAGAAGAUGACCUGGUGUACGUUGAACAACAUUUCCGGAAUACCAAGUCAUGGAUGCCAGGUCGAGUCAUCGAACGGAAAGGUUCUGUUCAUUACAUUGUGUCGCUCGAAAACAACGGAAGACCAAAGCUGGUUAGAGCGCAUGUCAACCAAAUGCGCCCUCGCUACGAUACCGCCGUUCCAGAACCAACGACGCAGCUACCGUGGGAAGUCUUGCUCGAUGAAGUACAGCUACAAGCUACAGCGGUACUGGCUGAUCCCGAAGAACAGCCUGAUAUUGUCGAAGCUCUCGUUCCUGUUGUCACCCCGCCACCGGUCUUGGAAGAAGCUGCUGGUCCGGUACAAGCUACGUCUGGCAUUCCGCCGAUUGAAGAUGAUGAAGCUCCGACCGUACCACCGCCGGUCUCAUCUGAACCAGUUGAAGGAUACCUGCGACGUUCUGUACGAGAAUCAAGAAUUCCAAGAUGGCUGUCGUCCUACGACAUAUUCUAA